GUACAACAACAGAAGUCACACAACCUCAGCCCCCAUCCCCCACCCUACUUUCCAUUAUGAAAUCCAUGGAAGCUCCUUCCUCAGGUCAAUUGUUAACAAUGAAACCUCUGCAAUUUCCCUCUUCCUCAAGAGUCAGUUCACCAAAAGAAGAUAAAGAAGUUCCAUUUUCCUCAUUAAGAUCAAGUUCAAUCAGUGAAUCCAUGGAAGCUCCUUCCUCAGGCCAAGGGGAAAGAAACGUAUUUGUACAAUUUCCUUCUAUGUCACAUACCAGUGGAACAGCAGUAGGCACACAACGGCAACCUUCUUCCCCUAGCCGAGGUUCAAUUACUGAAUCAGUGAAUGAUUCUUUCUCAGGCCAAACAGCAUCAAGGAUAUCUGUACAAUUUCUUUCUAUGUCAGCUACCUGUACAACAACAGAAAUCACACAACCUCAACCUUCCUCCCUCACCCUACUUUCAAUAAGUAAAUCCAUGAAAGCUCCUUUCUCAGGUCAACUGGUAACAAUCAAAUCUCUGCAAUUUCCCUCUUCCUCAAGACCCAGUUCACCAAGGGAAGAUGAAGAAUUUCCACUUUCCUCAGUUCAGCCUGUGGAAGCUUCUUUCUCAGUCCAAGGGCCAACAAGCACAUCUCUACAAUUUCCUUCUAUCUCAGGUUUCAUUGCAACAACAGAAGUUUCACAAACUCAAACUUCCUCCCCCAGUCUAUGCUCAAUUAGUGAAUCCAUGGAAGGUUCUUUCUCAGGUCAGCUGGUAACAAUCAAAUCUUUGCAAUUUCCCUCUUCCUCAAGAGCCAGUACACCAAAGGAAGACAAAGAAGUUCCACUUUCCUCAUUCAACCUAAGUUCAAUUAGUGAAUCCAUGGAAGCUCCUUUGUCAGGCCAAGGGGCCACAAGCAAAUCAGUACAAUUUCCUUCUAUCUCAGGUUCCACUGCAACAACAGAAGUCACAUAAUCUCAACCUUCCUCCCCCAGUCUAUGUUCAAUUAGUGAAUCCAUGGAAGGUUCUUUCUCAGGCUAACAGGU